AUGCAGCAGAUUGCGGACCGCACCUUUUUAACUUAUAUUUCACGAACGGUGCUGGUCAGGAAUGGUCUUCUGAUGUUGAUCAUUGACGCCAGUGACAGGCCAGUGUUGCACGGAAUCCGCGAAUAUGUUUUUUCGGCGCAGUCGACCAUUUUCACCAUGCAGGAAAAUUCCAGUGCGUCGACGAACUCCACCAACGUUCACAGUUCAUGGAGGACCGUUCACACCGGCAUUCUUACAGCUGGACUGUUCGUGUUUAUUUCCGUUCUUGCUUCAUAUCCUUUUGACCAAACCAGCAACAAAGUUGGUUACGUCGUUGAAGGACUGCCUGAGGUCGAGCGAGUCACUGAUCGGUGCCAUUACGGCGCCAUCAUCAGCAUUCAUCGGACAGAGACAGUGACAUCUUUUAGUAGUCGCCGAUGUGCAAUGGAAAAAAACGGCCAGGCGACAGACAUGAAUUGUCAAGUAUCCUGCGGUUAUUUCGAAAUUCAGCGGAGGCUACUAUCCUGCUGCUACGAAUUGGAAAAGAUUCCACAAGAGCGAUGCAAAGCAUUCCGUAACGUUUUGGGUCAGUGUCUGAUUCCGAUAUGUAACGAAUUAUUUUUGUGCGUGCACGAUACGUGGGACAGUUUGUCGCUGCAUUACAUCGACAACCCGUCCGACUUCCUGAAGGUUAGUUUUUCGUUGAAGAUACGCCGAUUGAUCGCUGUCCGAGAAUCCGAACGACCGCGUUUCCAUGUUGCGAAGCAGAAUGAGCCGAACUACAGCUCAAGCGGAGGUGGAGGGAUCGUGGCGGUGACCGAUAUGGUUGAUCUUUGUACUCGGACUUUCGAGAAAGAGUCUUCUGAUGAAUUCACCGGCGAUUCGUUUCUGGCCUCAAUCGACAAACAGUUGUCGCGACCUCUCAACAGAAGAGCUCUGGUCAGUCAGCAUGGUUCUUCAAACGAACCGAAAGUCGGCGAAUGCUGA